AGGAAGUGCUGUCCUCCAUCCACUCGCGCAGCUGCUCGGGAGACCGACUGGUGCUGCGGUUCGAGCCCUUCAUACUGCACCUGGAGGCCAGCAACGCCGCCUGGGGUCAGCGCGUGCUGGCGGCGGCGCGUGCAGCGGGGUUCCGGGAGAGCGGACUGACCCUUGGGUCGGGCGGCAGGCGCGUCAUGGUGGCCAUCCGCUGCUCCCUGCGCCUGGAGGUGCCGGUGGCUGACGGCGGCUGCGUGCUGGUGUCCGACCCCUACCUGCGCUACCUGGUGGCACUCGCCAACCACAAGUUCAGGGACAACAGCCGCCGCAUCGCACGACUGGAGGCGGAG